AUGGCCGCGGCCGCGAACAGCCGAACAGCACGACGCAAUGUCCAGCAUGCCAAACGCACGCAGACGCUCCCGGCGCUCCCGGCCUACCAGACGGAACUGGUGCGGGCGAUCGUGCGCGAAGUGCGCGAUCUCGACCGCGACGUGACGCGCAUCCUCGAGCCCUUCAACACGGUCGACGAAGAAACCGGCAGCAGCCAAAGCACCUUCAACCCGGCCGACCACCCGGCCACGGCGUGCGCGCUGCUCGUCGACCAUCUGAGCAUGCGCCGCAACAAGCGCUGUCUGCUGGCCUACCACCGCGUGCGGGCCGAGAGGUUGGAAGCCAUGGCGUGGGAAGGCCGGGAUCUGUUGGACGAGUUGCACAACGCGCACCCAGCACAGGCACAGGCGCAGGCACAAAAUCAACAAGACCAACAACCCCAGCAACAGCAGCAGCAGUCCUCUGGGUCGACACAUGACUCGCUGAGUCCCGAGGAGGAAUCGUAUUUUCGUCGCUACGUCGACCUGCUCGCUCAGUACAAGGGCCAAUGGACCGAUGUCGAUCUCACCGGCCCGCUCGAGCCGCCGCGCGACUUGUUCAUCGAUGUCCGCGUGCUGAAGGAUGCGGGCGAGAUCCAGACCGAGUACGGUGCCAUCAAUUUGACCAAGAACAGCCAGUUCUAUGUCAGGCAGGGUGAUGUCGAGAGGUUGAUUCAGAUGGGCUUCCUCCAGAGACUGAGUUGA